AUGGAGAAGUUUGGCGCUUGGCGUGACAAAGUCAGUGGUGUCGGACCAUUUUUACCGAGAACAAAGCCAGAAUCAACAAUAGCAACUAUCGGUAGAUGGAUAUUUGGUAUUUGUAAAUUAACUAUCUUUGUUCUCAUUAUGAUUCAGUCAUGGAUUAAUUUACUCAUUUCGUACUAUUUCCCAAUCCAUUUUAUCGGAAGAUUUUAUACUAGAGCGCAUUCAUUUAUCACUUAUUAUCUCGUAAUGAUUUUAUUCGGUGAAUACUGGACCUCAAUUGUUCCAACACCACUUGUUAAGAGACUUGUUGAUGAAAAGUGGUCAAAACCAGGAAGUGGUGAUGUUAUUUUCACUCAUUUAACUUCAUAUAUCAAUUUAUUGUGGCUUCAGUUCAAACUCUCACCUGUAUUUGCCAUCCCUGUUGAUGAAGAGCAUUGUGUUGUCUGUGGAAUCCAUAAUAUCAUGAUCACAAUCUUACGUCACAAAAAUCUUCGUGAAGGAAGCCUUGUACGCAUCGAAAAAGUUAUUGCAGAUGCCAGAAAGUACAAGCGUGGCCCUGUUGUCUUCCUUUGCGAAGGAGCUCCAACAAAUUCUGAAGGAAUCCUCAAAUUCCAACCAUUCAAGGCCAAACUCCCAGAAGACACAAAAAUCCAGGUCCUUGGCUUCGUCAGACCAUUCACUGGCCUCUCUCCAAACUACACAGCUGGAAACGGCCUUGUUCACUUGAUUAAGAACCUUGGCCACAUUUACGUUAGCUGCACAGUCCUUGUUGCACUCGAUGCUGAUGUUGGACUUCCAAAGGAUGAUUUAAUUAAUCCAGAAUUCGUUGAAAAAAUGAGAACAGUUCUUUCAAGACUUACAAAGCUUCCAACAGUCGAUAUUGAUGCCAAUGCUUACUUGUCAUUCGUCGAAGAAUACUACAAGAGCAAGGAUCGCGCAAAGAAGUUCGAUUAA